AUGGACAGCGCGGCCGCCGCCGCCUUCGCCCUGGACAAGCCCGCGCUGGGCCCGGGGCCGCCGCCGGGGCCGAGCGACUGCGCCCAGGCGCGCAAGAACUUCUCGGUGAGCCACCUCCUGGACCUGGAAGAGGUGGCGGCGGCCGGGCGGCUGGCGGCGCGCCCCGCAGCCGGGGCCGAGGCGCGGGAGCUGUCCGGGGGCAGCAGCGGCAGCGAGGCGGCGCCGCAGGACGGGGAGUGCCCCAGCCCCGGGCGCGGCGGCGCGGCCAAGCGGAAGAAGAAGCAGCGGCGGAACCGCACCACGUUCAACAGCAGCCAGCUGCAGGCGCUGGAGCGCGUGUUCGAGCGCACGCACUACCCCGACGCCUUCGUGCGCGAGGAGCUGGCGCGGCGCGUCAACCUCAGCGAGGCGCGCGUGCAGGUCUGGUUUCAGAACCGCCGUGCCAAGUUCCGCCGGAACGAGCGGGCCAUGCUGGCCAACCGCUCCGCCUCACUGCUCAAGUCCUACAGCCAGGAGGCCGCCAUGGAGCAGCCCGUGGCCCCCCGGCCCACGGCCCUGAGCCCCGAUUAUCUCUCCUGGACGGCCUCGUCCCCCUACAGCUCCGUGACCCCCUACAGCCCUGGGGGUUCAGGCCCUGCCACCCCAGGGGUCAACAUGGCCAACAGCAUCGCCAGCCUCCGUCUCAAGGCCAAGGAAUUCAGUCUCCACCACAGCCAGGUGCCCACCGUGAACUGAGGGCCAGCCCCGCCCACAGUGGAGGAGAGGGCAGGUGCAUGGGAAGGGAUUCUCACCUGGCCCCUCCCUCCCGACGGACUCCUGAGCCCCGGAGGCUGCUGUGGCCCCAGCGCCCCAUCCACGGCCCCUGGAGGGUGCCACCCCCCGUGGAGCAGCUGGGCCCCAGGCGCCAAGGACCUCACUACUUUGUGUAUUAAAACGAGAGAGCUUUUGUCUUUAAGAAAUAAAACCGUUUUUUUUUUUUUC